AUGGCUUCCAUUUCCCCUGUCUUUCACCUCUUCCUCCUCCUCCUCCUCCUCACUCUCUCCACCACCACCACAGCCACCUCCCACCACCGGCACGCCGCCUCCCACAACUACAAAGAUGCCCUCACAAAAUCCAUUCUUUUCUUUGAAGGCCAAAGGUCUGGCAAACUUCCACCAAACCAAAGAAUGUCUUGGAGAAAAAGCUCUGGCCUUUCUGAUGGAUCAGCCAUGAAAGUGGAUUUAGUAGGUGGAUAUUAUGAUGCAGGGGAUAAUAUUAAGUUUGGGUUUCCUAUGGCUUUCACUACUACAAUGUUGUCAUGGAGUGUGCUUGAAUUUGGUGGGAUGAUGAAAAGUGAGUUAGGAAAUGCGAGAACCGCUAUUCGUUGGGCUACUGAUUAUCUUCUCAAAGCUACCAAACAACCCGAAACUAUUUACGUUCAGGUUGGUGAUGCAAACAAAGAUCAUGCAUGUUGGGAAAGACCAGAAGACAUGGAUACACAAAGAACAGUUUUGAAAAUUGACAGAAAUAACCCUGGCACUGAGGUUGCUGCUGAAACAGCUGCUGCUCUUGCUUCUGCUUCUUUAGUUUUCAGAAAAUCUGAUCCUGUUUACUCCAAAAUCCUACGUAAAAGAGCCAUUAUGGUGUUUGCAUUUGCUGACAAAUAUAGAGGUUCAUAUAGUGAUGGGCUUAAAAGUUAUGUGUGCCCAUUUUAUUGCUCUUAUUCUGGAUAUCAGGAUGAAUUAUUGUGGGGAGCUGCAUGGUUACAAAAAGCUACAAGAAGUCCAAUGUAUUUAAGUUACAUUCAGUCAAAAGGUCAAUCACUUGGUGCUGAUGAAAGUGAUAAUACUUUUAGUUGGGACAAUAAGCAUGUUGGUGCCAGGGUUCUUUUAUCAAAAGCAUUUCUUCUUCAAAGGGUUCAAUCUCUUCAUGAUUACAAGGGUCAUGCAGAUAGCUUCAUUUGCUCACUUGUUCAAGGAGCCCCAUCUUGUCAAACCCAAUACACACCAGGAGGGCUUAUGUUCAAGAUGGCUGAAGAUAACAUGCAAUAUGUGACCUCAACCACAUUUUUAUUGGUUACAUAUGCCAAAUACUUGACCAAAUCACACAAGGUAGUCAACUGUGGUGGCACCAUCGUGACUCCUCGACGGCUAAGAACACUCGCCAAGAAACAAGUCGACUACAUACUUGGUGACAAUCCAUCAAAGAUGUCGUUCAUGGUUGGAUAUGGUCCGCGAUACCCACAAAGGAUUCACCACAGGGGAGCAUCUUUGCCAUCAAUCUCUUCACAUCCGGCCAAAAUUAAUUGUGGGUCGGGUUUCAACUUCAUGCAUUCGGAGUCACCUAACCCGAACAUUUUGGUUGGAGCUGUUGUUGGCGGACCCGAUGCACAAGACCAUUAUAACGACGAACGGUCCGAUUAUUCCCAAGCGGAACCGGCUACCUACACAAAUGCACCCCUUGUUGGAACCUUGGCAUAUUUGGCUCAUUCUUUUGGGCAGAUUUAAGGCAUGUGAUUAUUAUCAAAAUUAAGUCAAGUAUUUGGGCAAUGUUCAAAAAGUUGAAGUUAGUAGCAAUUAGAAAGAAUUGGGGAAUAUUUAAGAUUCCUGCUUUCCUAGAGCCCUGGAAAAAGUUGUAAAAUUGGGCUUAUGUAGUACACUAGUACGGGGGUGUUUUCUGCCUUUAUGACUUGUACAAUCGUUAUUCAAAAAAGUUGAAAGUACAAGGAAUUGACCAA